AUGGCUCCCACACUGGAGGUACGCUACGAAGAGAGCGCUAACAGCACCGCUCUUCCUACUAAGGCCAGAGCCUCUCCAAUCUCAUCAUAUGUCCCAGGUCGAACAGUUGUCCAAAAGCACGACACAUACAAGUAUGAGGACUUGAAGCCGUACUUUCCAGACAAAACAUGGCCAGCCUUAGAAGAAGUACUCUACACAGAUAAAGCACACUUUGGCGAUCCAACAUUCAAGAAUCUCCUUUCAACCGCUACAGACAUCUUCGACUACAACCCAAAAGUCGGCACUGAAGUCCACGGUGUAGACCUCUCCAUACUCACAGACGCAGCCAAGAACGACCUUGCUCUCCUCAUCGCCACGCGAGGUGUGGUCUUCUUCCGCAAUCAGAAGAACCUGUCCAUUGAGAAGCAGCGAGAACUAGGCGCUUACUUCGGAAAGUUACACAAGCACGCCACGACUUCUGUUCCCAAGCGUGGAGACUUGGAUGAUGUACACGUGGUGUACACGGACGAGAAGUCGAGAGAUCAGAGAGCCAUGUUCGCGCCUAGCUUCCUGUGGCACUCGGACGUCACUUAUGAGAUUCAACCACCAUCUUACACGUCGCUGAAAGUACUCACUGGGCCGCCUCGAGGUGGUGGUGGCGACACGCUGUGGUCUUCACAGUAUGCUGCUUAUGAUGCACUUUCUGCGCCAAUGCAGAAGUAUCUCGAGUCGUUGACUGCGUUGCAUUCUUCGCAUAUGCAAGCUGAAGGGUCGCGAGCUGCUGGGAGGACAGUGAGAAGAGAGCCGAUUGUUACGGAGCAUCCGUUGAUUCGUUCUCAUCCUGUGACAGGCUGGAAGGCGUUGUUCUUCAACCCAGGUUUUGUGACGAAGAUUGUGGGAAUUCCAAAGGUGGAGAGCGAUGUUAUUAUUGGGUACUUGAAUGAGAUGGUUGCUACGACUCAAGAGUUACAUGUUCGGUUUCAAUGGGGCGAUGACGAUGUGGCGUUUUGGGAUAACAGAGUUACGAAUCAUUCUGCUUCUUAUGGAUUCGCACCUCAUCGGAGACACGCUGUGAGGGUGGCUUGCCAAGCGGAGAGACCAAGUCUGGCUCCAGAUGCCAGGAGCCAGGAGGAGGAUUUAGCGAAGAAGUAUGGCUUACCUAUUGUCAACAAAGAUGGGAGUCAGCAGAGUAACUACAACGAUUGA